ACGCCGACAGUUCAGCUGCAGUAUGUGCGGAGUGGUGAACGACUCGAUGUAUCGAUUGAAUCGCGAUGCGCGGGGCCAAUCAGAGCGCGCGUUCAGCUCCAGCGUUCAGCAGCGCAACGCAGAGCUAACUUCAUUCUGUAUGAACAGCUGCUGACUGGAAGAUGGUGAGACGAGAUGCUCUCCAGUGUGGGUGACUGUCAAAUUUUUCCUUCACAAUGUCUCACUUUAUAGAAGUUGGCUUUCUUCUGUUGUACGUGAGUAUAUGCUGUCAGUGCGGGAAGAUGAAGCACGGCAUCAGGAGAACAUCAGUACAACAUCACAAACUCGGAAAUCCACUUUUCAAGAAGGUGUUGGAUGAAACUAAGACACAUCAGGUGAAAACGGACCAUCUGCUGCGUGUUGAUGAUCAUGACUUCACUAUGAGACCAGCAUUUGCAGGUCCAGCAGUACCAGUGGGUGUGGAUGUACAGGUAGAGAGUUUGGACAGCAUCUCAGAAGUAGAUAUGGACUUCACCAUGACCCUGUACCUGAGACACUACUGGAAGGACGAACGAUUGUCUUUUCCCAGUAAAACCAAUAAAAGCAUGACUUUUGAUGGUCGAUUGGUGAAAAAAAUCUGGGUUCCUGACGUGUUCUUUGUGCAUUCCAAACGAUCCUUCAUCCAUGACACCACCACGGAGAACAUCAUGAUCAGGGUCUACCCUGAUGGACACGUGCUCUACAGCCUCAGGGUGACUGUAACUUCAGCAUGUAACAUGGACUUCAGUCGGUUCCCGCUGGACACGCAGACCUGCACGUUAGAGCUGGAGAGCUAUGCUUACACUGAUGAAGACCUGAUGCUGUACUGGAAGAGUGGAGAUGAAUCACUGAGCACAGAUGACAAGAUCUCUCUGUCUCAGUUCCUCAUUCAGAAGUUUCACACCACCUCCAGACUGGCUUUCUACAGCAGCACAGGUUGGUACAAUCGUCUUUACAUCAACUUCACUCUGCGUCGUCAUAUCUUCUUCUUCCUGCUUCAGACGUACUUUCCCGCCACUCUGAUGGUCAUGCUGUCAUGGGUGUCCUUCUGGAUCGACCGACGAGCUGUUCCUGCCAGAGUUUCGUUAGGCAUUACGACAGUGCUCACCACGUCCACCAUCAUCACUGGAGUGAACGCCUCCAUGCCCAGAGUCUCCUACAUCAAAGCCGUGGACAUUUACCUGUGGGUCAGCUUCGUAUUUGUCUUUUUAUCGGUACUUGAGUAUGCUGCCGUAAACUACUUGACCACAGUGCAUGAUGGGACAGAUCGCAAGUUAAGAGAGAAGCCUUUACCCUGCACAUGUGACAUAUCUCACACAAGGACUAUGAUGCUUGAUGACGCGUACUGUAAGCCCGAUGUCAAUGGCCUGGCAGGAUAUACCCAGGCUCCUGUCUCCUCUGAGGAGACUGCAGAUAAACAGGACCACAUGGUAGUGUGCCUGUCUUUGGCAAAUGAGGCCACAGCAGCCAAAAAGAAGACUGUCCGUAGCUUCCGUAUUAUCCAAAACACUCAUGUCAUUGAUGCCUACUCUCGCAUGAUAUUCCCUGGAGCCUUUAUAUUCUUCAAUCUCAUCUAUUGGUCUGUGUACUGCUGAGUUGCCUUGCAAAGGGAUUGUGGUUGUAGCAUAUUAUAUAUUAACAAAAGUAAAAGAAAAUUGGUCUUUGUUAUUGAUUGAAAGUAAGAGACAACAUGACGUGAUGCAGGCUGGAUUCAAAUCCAGCACAAGUGUCGUGUUAUUGAUGUUAAGAACGUGCUGAAGGCAUGUACUACCUGCUAGCAGAUGUAGGUACAAUAGGGCCAAAGUUUUCAGAGCCACAGCACCAUAUGUGACAGCAGUGCCGGCUGUUAGGAAGUUAGGGCAGAGCUGAUGAUUGCCUAACCCGGGGCCACCACUUACCCUACCUUCACUAGAACUGUAAGCUUCCCUCUAGCAAAUGGCUAACCCGCCCCCACCACUAACCCUUAUAGCCUCAUUAAGGUUACACUCUAAAAAA